UCAACACAUGUUCUUCUACUUAUAUGGGGAGGUUUUUAUAUGGAAAAUUGACCCCUAUAUAGGCGUUGGCCACGUGAAGAAAACUCCACGUGACCAACCAAUUUCAGAUACGAACCCGCGACUUUAUAAAUAAGGACAUAAAUGGCCGUUGUUUGGAGGUUAUUUUAUAUGCAUUUUUGUUCAAAAAAAACUUCCUAAAAAUGGCCGCUGUUUACAGGUGGCCGUUGUUAUUAAGAAGGGACCAAGAUUGGAGUUCGAAUAUAUUUUUAAAUAAUUCGAAUAUUUUGAUUAAAUUAAUCGAUUAUUAGACAAAUUUAUUAGUUUAUGAUCCUAAAUUUAUAUUAUUUUGGUCAUAGCUUCUGUCGUUAGUCGGUUGCUACCAUUCUCGAGUUUCGAAGCAACAAGUGAAUGCUAAAAAUCUCUUUCAUUGGUUAUCUAUUGUGACGUAAAGAUAUCGAUUGUUCUUUCACUUUUAUGAGUAAACGCUUUACGUAAAAGGCAGUCAUUAAUGUACGAAAUGUUGUUUCCAAGAGUCCAACAAAUGAAAGAUGCCCCUUGACUAAGAACUGCAUGAAAAUGACAGAACAUCCUCAAGCAACAACACUGCUCAACGAGCAGGAAGUGAAUCCAGCAUUAUCAGAUCAAGAUGUAAACAGUACUUUAGACUUCAAAAGAGUCACGGCAAACGAAAUCGUCACGGCCACUGUGUUAUCAGUGGUGAUAUUAAUUAUCGUCAUUGGGAACUUGCUCGUGAUUAUAGCAGUCAGCACAACGCCCAGACUGAGAACAGUUACGAACUUUUUCGUGGUAUCGUUAGCAGUAACGGAUCUACUUAUGGGCCUUCUUGUAACACCAUUGGCUGUUGUACGAGAAUUUACAUCAACCUGGGUAUUUGGGAGGAUUUUUUGCGAGUUGUGGAUAUCUUUAGAUGUCUUUCUGUGUACCGCUUCCAUUCUGAACUUAUGUUGUAUCAGCCUGGAUCGAUACUUUGCAAUCACUUCACCGCUUACUUACGCUGUAAAGAGGAGUGGACGUUUAGCUCUAUUUAUGGUAGCUUUAGUCUGGAUCCUCUCAGCAGCAAUCACCUGCCCACCCGCAUUUGGCUGGCACGAAACAGGCCGCAACAAUUCACCCACUUGUGAAUACAACAGCGACAGAGGUUACAUUGUAUACUCGGCUUUAGGGUCAUUUUACAUACCGGCAUUCGUUAUUGUUUUUGUAUACUGGAGGAUAUUUGCAGUUGCCAGGAAGAGGCAAGCCAUUCUUAUUCAGGGUGACCAAGAAGUGACGAUUUCUCAAACACUGGACAGCGAAUCAUCGCAGUCGGAAGGCGUAACCGCUAAGGCAAUGACAAUAGAAAGUGAUAACAAGAAAGAGAUAUUUAUAUUAUCGAAAAAUAUACCGAAAGAUAACUGUAAUAAUUGUGAAAAUUCGAAAAAAUCCGAGACUCAUAACGGUUGGAACCGUAGCACAAAAUCAAAAAGUUCGCUCAAUACUUACAGGAUCCAUUCGUGCCAUCAACCAAGAAGAGAUGGUUACGAAAGGGCAGCAUUUCAGAGAGAAAGAAGAGUUGCCAAAUCUCUAUCCAUUGUAGUUGGAGGAUUUUUACUUUGCUGGUCACCAUUUUUUGCUGUUUAUCUCAUAGAGCCAUUCUGUAGCACCUGUACUUUUCACCCGAUUCUACUCCGAUGUCUUGUAUGGUUAGGGUGGCUUAAUUCGGCCAUCAAUCCCUUUAUCUAUGCUCUAAAUAAUAAAGAUUUUAAGAGGGCCUUUCUCAGGCUUACUAUAUAUAGAGUUAGAAGGCCUUGGAAGGUUCCAAGACGACACAAUCCCAGUCAUUAUAAUUAGGACUAAGCCAAGUAACUUUUUUUUUUAACUUGGCAACAGCAUUCUAGUCAGAAAUGUUAAUAAAAUCAUAUAGAACUUACGUAUGUGAAUCAAAAUUUGAAAAAUUUUACUUCUGGUCAAAGAUUUUAAGUGAAAUUUUAAGUAAAAACUUGAUAUUUCCCUUCGAAAAUUGAGGGAAAUUGUUAAAUUUCUCAAUUAAAAUAUUUUUAAUAGAUGAUUUUCAAUUUAAAAAGUGAAAUCAUUAUAAAAAUUAAUCGUAAUUAUCUUUAUUAAUGUAUUUUCCUUUGUAAAUAGCUAAAUGACAAUAAACAUGUCUACUUACUGUCAGAAAUGUCCAUCACAUAUAACACUGUAAAUUCUUUUUUCUUCUGUAAUUCGAUGUCGUUACUAAUUA